GCGGAGGGGGCUCUGCCCCGCCGUGGCCCUGGGCCGGGCGAUCCGCCCCCGUCGCUGCUGGGGGUACCCGGGGCUGCGUUGUCCGCGCUUCUCCCGCAGGGCGCCGGGCUGGGGACCGAGCGCCGCUCUUGUUGGGUCGCCGGCGACGAGCUGCUGGUGGCGGCCGCCCGCUGUCGGUGUGAAGCGGGUUAACCCUGCCGGGAUAUGUCCGGGACCCGCCGCGCGUUUCUCCGUGUAUUACACUGAGGAGAGGCGGUAGCAGUGCCUGUGGCAGCGCUGAACAUACGCUCCGGUCACUUGGCGCUGGGCCCGGGGGUACGAUGGUGCCUCGGCUCCGUGUCGUGCGGCAGCGCGGCUGCUGCGGCCCCGCUGUGUCGGCCUGGAGCUGCCGCGGCCUCGGGGUCGGUGCCCAGCGAGCACGGACUGGCCCGUGUCCGGUGGUCAAAUGACAGCCCGGGGACGGCCCUCGCGAUUAAUCGGAGAGAGACGUGGUGUUUUAGACCCAUAGCUGCAACUCUGCACGUUGUAUUUGAUUUGAUGUUGGGAUUCUCUGAUUCCUGGCCUUGGUUUUUUUUUUUUUCUUUUGCUAUGAUGUCCUUUAGGACUUCAUUCUGCCCUUGCUAUAGAUAUGUUGCUACUCGCCCCAUUAAACAGGAUAUAUGUGACGGUGUAUUAAAACAAGGGAGCAGUAGAAUGAAGACGUCAAGAACAUUGAAGCAGAUGACAAUAGCUGCAGAUGUAGCACUAUAUUCUAGUUGCAUCUCAUCUUUACAAGUAUUUCCUGAUUCCAUGAAAGUCCUCUCAUACGAGCAUGUAGAGCAGACCUGUAGUUAAAGGAUUUGUAUUUAUUUGUAUUUAAAGUAUUCUUUCUGCUCUCAUUUUCUAACUUUUAAGUGGGAACAUAGUAGUGGCACGAACAUGUGCCAGAUUGAAGCAGAAUAUGCCUUUGUGAAAUUGUUCUGGUGUUUACUACAUUUGUAAAUAUUUUGUCAGAUUUGUUCAUGAAAUAUUGAAGAACUGGUGCUCUGUAGUUUCAUUUCUGAGAGAUUCACAGAACUGCCGCUAGCGUUUCAGGGGUUCUGUUUUGAGCAUCGAUUGUAGAUUGAGGACAAGUUGUUCCACUUCAGACGUCAUCAAAGCAAACUGGGGCAGUUUGUGUGGAGGAAGAAAAUGGAAUGAAAUUUUUGGUUUUGGUGGCAAGACUUAGGCUUUCAAAGAGCUCAAACUAGUUUUCAAAUUUAUGGUUUUAUCUAUUUUACCCUCAUUACUUAACUGAUUCCCUCAACACUCUUCCAGAGUAUAUGGGAAGUUAUGCACAGCCAUUAUCUUCAUUCAUCUGCUCCAACUCAGCCGUUUAGGCAGAGGUACAGCGGGAGUCUUAUCUUAACGUAUGGUCUUGUGUGGGUUUCAACCUUCUGUCUCACACACAUGCUGCAACCACAGCUCCUUUUUUGUUUUUCUGAAUUCACAGAAUUAACAUUUCUCUAAAGUUCGUCCUUUGCUCCUUUUGUCCUUCAUGUUCUCUGACCAGCUUUUCCCCAGUUUUUGGCCACGUGCUUAUCCCGCGAAGGUACUGUGAGUUCACUGGUUACUCUCCAGCUGUUUCAGUUGUCAUACUCUCGAACUUUCUGUGGUGAUGGCACUGUUACAUCGAUGUUCAUAUCACAGGAGUGUACAGUCUGUCAGCUCUGUCAUCUGACUGCCUUUUCACAUAAAAGUUUUCACUUGCAAGCCAACAUCAUUAGUUAUAAGCUCUGGCUCUUCUGAUACUGUGUUUUGCUUUUUAAAGCGUGAAUUUUCUCAGAAAAUCCGCGUUAGACCAUCAACACAUCUACUCAGGUGUUUUUCCCUCUUGGUGUGUUCAUAUUUUUUAAAAAAAUGCAUUUAAUGUGGGAUAGAGAACAUAAACAAAAGUUGCGAUUUGCUCUAUGGAGCUGGAUAUUGAUAUACAUAUCCCUGAAAUUUUCCUCAAGACCUUUGCUAUAAGAUACUAGCAAAAGUAUGUUAUCAAAAUACUACUCUUUUUACCCAUUCAGUCCUUUAAUAUACUCUAGUUAUCAAUCCAGUUACAGAGUCUUCUCAUUCUUUUUUCUGGAAAUAUUUGGUUUCUGUUCAUCCUUAGAAGUAAUUUUUUUGUGGCAAAUGGGUUUCAAUAGGAAAUCUGAGGGGGAUUGUGCAGGAUACAAACAUAAACGUUGGCAGCCCGUGUUUACCAUGGGCAGCUGGAUAAAAUAGUUUAAUGAAAGUGAGAAAUGCUAUGGGAUAGAUACAACUGAGGAAGUUGUAUCUAGUAGUCCAAAGGCUCCGUCUCACUCCUUGCUGAGAAAGUACAUCAGUGUCUCACCCUUUUAGGACUGUACUAUAAUGUCAAGAUUGGCAUUUGAGCUCCAGUGACGGUGUAAGAUGUGUGAUGUGCCUUUGGGCUAGGAAAUCUUGGAGAUGACGCUUUCAGAAUUUCAGAUGACAUUUUCCAGGGGGAGAAGCUUUGCUGCCACUACCAGUCAGCAAUUCUGGUCCUUUUACUGCUCUAGCAGGCAGUGGGGGCUUGUUUGCUGCAAAGGUUUUGGUGGCUGUCAGAGUGAUGAACCUCCUGGCCCGCUGAUGGGUGACACUGCCCAGUUGCUAACUGUGAUGGAUGUGGUUCCUGCUUUGAUUGGGUGACAUUUGGUCUAGUGGUGAGCAAUCCAAAAUGCCAUAGGUAAUGCUUGGAACAGAUGUCCAAAAUAUAUCAACUUGCAGCUUACAUCAAAACAUGUAGCAGUUCUACAUGUAGUAGUGGGGGGUCUGGCAUUACUGACCCAUACAAGGCUCUUCUUUCUAUGCUGUCACAGUUACGUGGAAGAUCAUAAAGACCUGUCUCAGAUGUGCUGUGGAGCAUCUUUGGACUUAAUCUGCACACCUGUGCUGUUCCUUGCCUUGGAGCAAGGCUGCUGUUGAGGUGGAAGUGCUAAUUUUUCCUUGUAUUCAGUGAGUGCUAUGUCCUUUCAGUGUGACACAGGUUUUUCUUUGCAUUAGCAACAGAAAAUGGUAUAAUUUAAACUUGAAACUUUGACUACAAGUGGUGAGACAGCUGGAAUUCAGAAUACCUCAGAUGAAGUGAAGGACUGAGGUAAAUGUAUUUACCCCAUCUUCCUUGAAUUCAGGUGCUCACUGAUGAAAUAAUUAACAAUAUUGGUUUCACAGUUAAUGGACAGUCCUACUGGGAGAGCAUUACCCAUAUCCAAAAUGGUAUCUGGAGACUAUCUGUAGACUCACUUGGCUGUAUUUCACAGGUUAAGUAUGCUUAAAUAAGAUGGUGUGUUUUUUGUUGUUUUUAUCUUGUUUGCAUUCUAGCAAUGCAACUGUAAUCCUCCUAGUUAAUCCAGAAUCAGGAAAAGUAUUGGAAUAGGUAUUACACAGAUAAGAACAAAAAUGUGGCACUCACUUGAAAGAGCUGGUUCCCUAAUUAUAAGAGGAGGGAAAAAGUGGAUCUUGGCAGAUAGAAGCAGUGAUAUGGUAUUAGCCAGUAGAGCAGGUUAUUUCUCUAACAUAGGAGUGGUCUGGUUCAUGUUUCUUCUAAGCAUCAUGGUGAAAGUACAGCAUGUGAAAACUCAUUAAGGUGAUACAUUUCAAAAUUUAGUAAGUGAACUAUGUAGGCAUUCUAGGAGGGACUCAGCUUCCAAGUAAGAAGGGCAAGAUGGUAAGAUGGGAAAAGAUGUUGUGAAGAGGAAUGAUUUGAUUGGUUGUUUUUUGUUUGGUUUGGUUUUGUUUCCCAAAGAAAAGUGAUUUUUAGUUCAUACUAGCCUUGUAUCUUUUAUUGGUCUAUUGAGUUACAGUAAAAUGUAAUUUUUUUAAAAAAAUAGUUAUUUUAGGAAGUACAUUCAGCUCUUGUAAGUAUCUAAAUGUAUACUUUAUAAAGAGAGUCGAUUUCUAAGUGUAGGAAUAUUAAUGCUGUUAAAUAUAGACUUUUUCAGGCAUACCUUACAUUUAAAAUAGUCUAGGCAUACCUUAGAUUUAAUUUAACAAAUUCAGCACAUUGAUUUUUGGCACUUUGUCAAAUUUGAAACUUUUAAAAUUAGAUAGGGCAGAUCAGUCUGCUGCUUUUGAAAUGGUUUGUCCUUUCUAGAAUGGUGGAAAUGAGGAGUUCUAGUGAGGAGGUUUUGAUCUUAAUCAGCUUUCUGUAGGCUGACUGACAUUAGUAGGAGUCUUUUAAGAAGUAAAAAGUUAAUAACAGAGAAUAGCUAGUGAUGAUGAUUACACUUCAAACUUUUGUAUGCUGAGCUCAAAGAAUCUUAACAUGUUUAUCAAGGACUAGUUCUUGGUUUUGUAUUAAAUGAUUUUAAAAAGGAAGAGAUUUAGCUUUUUCUAAUGUGACUUUUUCUAUUUUUCAACUUUUCCCCAUGGAACUGCAUAAUUUCUACUUAAGAUUUUUACUGUGUGCCAAAUAGAGAUCUGGAUGGAGCUAGCAUACCCUCUGAACUCAGCUUUUUCUGCCACAAAAAUUGAUGUCAUUUUAGUUGUCAGAUUCAUUAGUCAAAUAUCUUGUGCACCGUGACUUGAUUUUAUGUAUGCAAAAACUUUUUGAUUUUGAAAUGUUGAUCAUGUUAAAAUUCUUGAGAAAGAUGUUUUAUCUGUGAUGUUUUCUGUCCCUAAAUGUACUGGAAAAGGGCAGAUAGUAUUGCAUAUAUACCGUGCUACUUCCGUCAUAGAUCAUAUGGAGUAGCUCAUUGCUCUUACCCUUCAGCACACUUACAUGCUUUUCAGUCAGGCACAAACCCUGUCUGUCUAAGUCCUUGAUAUGCUCUGGCUUUUCCAAGAGCUCACAGGUCAGUAAACAUUGUCUGAUGGAUGCCCCUCGAUAUGUGUGUUCAUGAAAAGUAAUUAAUCUAAUGGUCCAUGUUGUCUUUAGCUCUGCCUGCUCUUAGUGAAAGGAGACUGAAAAGUGUCUGGGCUGUGCAGUGGGUUCCCAAACCUGCAGUGUGAAUGCCAGCUUCUUAUGCCAGUGUUCAUUUCUAGUGCCGUGUUGAUUAUGCCGGGCUUGAAAUGCCGUGUUUUCAGUCAUUGUGGUAUCAACUGACACUCUCUUUUCCACGUGUCCUGAAGGUCCCUAGAGUGUGGGUUCAGCAGUGGGCCGUGUGUGCCUCAAUCCGGAUUGUGUCACCUGCUCUGCUUGCCACAGGCUUCACAGGUGGUAAAAACUUGCUUGUAUUUCAGCUGGUUGGGCCUGUAAUUAUUUAUCUGAGCUCUGAAAAUGUAGUGAUAUGAACAUGACUGUCAUUGGGGUGAAGUCUGUGGUUUGGACAGUCUUACAUAAUCUGUCCAAAGAGAUCAAAAUUGUUAUGCUGAAAUGAACUCGUAGGUUGUUUAUGUCAGUGUUGAAUAACCUAAACACAACUAUGUUCCUUUAGGGAGGACAUUUUUGCUGCCUUUCCUAUUGACUCUUUACAUAAUUUAGUGCAAAAUAUUAGGGUUUCUAACAGCAACUGUGUUGGCCUUACUGUUUGAUAUAUGUCUCGAUGAAUCUUGUGCUCAGUUAAGCAGCAGUGCGACAAGUGGUGAUGGGUAGUUUCACAUGAAGCUUGGAUAUGUAUGAUGAGGUGCCAAGGCAGAAAUACACCGUUGAAGUUGUUGGAAUCUUUUUGUGUUCUAGGGAUGCCAUAUGCACGGCUGUUGAUGGACGUUAGGUGUGCUAACAUUUGUUCAACAUAAAUAGUCAAGGGCUGGAAGAUUUAGAUCUUUGUUACUGUAUGAGCAGGAAUUGUGAACCUGUGAAAGCAGCAAAGCUGAAUUCAGUAGCCUUGUUCACUUGCAUGUCUAAGCAUUUGAAGCUUUAUAACUGUAAGUAUAGGAAAAUUUUAAAGCUGUAAUUUAAAAACAUCAUGAUAUUUAAUAUAGUAUAAAUUAAUUUCCAUGUAAAUGUAGCAUUCUGCAAAAAAUGCAUUGUAUUUUGAAAGGUUGAGGAGCCAUGAAGCCGUUGAUGCAAAGAAGCAGAGAGUAAAGGCUUCUUUUGUACUCUACAAAAAUUUGACUUGUCCAAUGCAAAUCUAUAACCUAUACCUUCAUGCAGAAAACCUCCAGCACUAAUAGUAUGGGCAGCAGGUGCAGAGAUGUCUGUCCAGAUCCAUAGGAACCUGGAACAGGACCUCUGAGGUACGGAUUGCCUGCUUCGCUUCAGUGCAGGCUGUUCAGACACCGCUGAUGGUGGCGCUCUGCUAUCAAUAUUGAUGACUGUUCUGCUGAUUGGCUUAAUGGAUAAGAAAGGAGAGGGAAUACUGAGUUCAAUACACUAUGUCUCUCAGAGCUUCGGUAAUACAAAGGUUUAAAUGCAUAUACAGAGAAGAUUAAAAAAACUUAAGUAGGCUAACUUUCUAAACUUCAGCAAACUUAACUAAUUGAUGUGUAGUAAUAAUAUAUCUUUUGCUAUUCCCAAAUGUAGGGCAUUUUAGAGUUUUCCUACACAUAAAUGCAGUAGCACAGUUGAAAAUGUUUGGUACUGGUGGCUCAGGUGACAUUACUAGCCUGUUUGUGGUACACAACAAGACAUCAUUUUUUUUCUAAACAGAGUGGCUCACAGUUUGCAGUGUAUGAAUAUUUGACUAUCUUACAUUCAUAUGCUUCACAUAUGAAAACAAAAAUUUGUUUUUAUGAAGCACACUGUUAAAAGACAAACUGUAAACUAAGCCCCAGCAGCUGUUUGUGUGAUGCACAGCUACACUCCUUUAGUGAAUUCACAUUUGGAUUUUGAUGAAAUGACUGGUGUGCUGAAAUCUCUGUGUAUUUUUUUAUGUUUAAUGGCAAAUAUCUAUGCUUUAAUUCUCUUCCUUAUAGGGCUCCUUGAUUAAUGACCCAAAUUUCCUGUGAGAAACCUCAUCCUUACGGAUUCUCUGAUGUUUAAUAGAGGGGUCAGCUUGCAUUCCAGUUUUUCAUCCCUCAUAGGAUAGGACACUUUAAUCAGAUUUGGAAGACUUUUUGUAUUUACUUAGAGUGUUUGAAAUUGUUCAAAUGCUUUUAGGGAAUUUGCCAAGGGUAAGGGAUGAUUGUAACCUUUCCUAAGGGAUAUAUUUUAAGGAAGAGAAGCUUUUAUUUUGAUGAUGCUUUUCUGGUAAGGUAUGGUUGGAGCUCUGUAAUAAUUUGCUUUACAAAAACAAAAAUAAAGGAAAUCUUGGUAUCUCAGAUAUUUAACAGCACUGUCUAGAAGUGGGGGUGUGUGUGUAUCCUCUAUUGCCACAGAUACAAUUCAUAAUGUCCUGUAGUGUAACUGAUCUUUCGACAUUCAUACUAGUUCAUUCUUGACACAUUCAUAGUCCUUAUUACACAGUAGCUGACGUUAGUCCAAGCAUAAAACUGUGUUAGUGAGGUUUGAAUGUGUGAUUUGAUCUUGUGCUUUUAGAGUUCAAACUCAUUACAUUUGGUGAAGCAUUUACAUAGCAAUAACAAUAAAGCAACAUCUGUCUCUCUUUCCUAGGAAGUAACAGAUGCGGGUGAAAGAUCCAUCAAGAACGAACUCCGAGAAGCCGAAGAGAAGCAAAAGGCCUAACAGGCCACAGGAUGAGGACUCUUCAGAUGAUAUUUCAGGCUUAACCUGCCAGCACGUGAGCCAAGCAGUGGAUGUGCAUCAUGUGAAGAGAGCAGUGGCUCAGAGCGUCUGGUCCAUAUGUGCAGAAUGUCUGAAGGAGAGGCGGAUGAGUGAUGGUGAGCCCACAGCACCUUCAGACAUAUGGCUGUGUCUCAAGUGUGGCUCUCAGGGAUGUAGUAAGAAUUCGGAAGGCCAGCAUUCUCUGAAACACUUCCAAACAGCACGUGCAGAACCUCAUUGCAUCGUUAUCAACCUCAGCACGUGGAUCAUAUGGUGUUAUGAAUGUGAUGAAGAGCUGUCAACGCAUUGCAACAAAAAGGUUCUGGCUCAGAUAGUUGACUUUCUUCAAAAACAUGGUGCCAGGGCUGAACCAAGUUCAUCAAAAAUCUUACGUCUUCGUGAAGAAAACAGUGAAACAAGUGAAAUACUAAAAGGAAAAAAUUCUGGCAAUGGUGCAUCAAUUCCAGUUAAAGGAAUAAAUAACUUAGGAAAUACUUGCUUUUUUAAUGCUGUCAUGCAGAACUUGGCACAGACUCAUGUACUAAAUGAACUGAUAUAUGAGAUGAAGGAGAAAGGAACAAAGUUAAAAAUCUGUCAUGCUUCAGACUCCCAAUUGGAUCCUUUGGUGGUAAACCUUUCCAGCCCGGGACCUUUGACUUCAGCGAUGUUCUUGUUCCUUCACAGUAUGAGGGAGGCUGGAAAAGGUCCUCUUUCUCCCAAAGUGCUGUUCAGCCAGCUUUGUCAAAAGUGCCGUUGGAUUUUUACUGGGCAGUCCAGAAAAUAUUUUCUUCAUAUUUUAAAGUUGUGGGACUCUUUGUUGCACUCCAGGGUUGUACCUGCCCUUCAUGUAAUGGCUCCUCGAUUUAAGGGGUUCCAGCAGCAGGACAGCCAGGAGCUUCUGCACUAUCUGUUGGAUGCAAUCAGGAUUGAGGAGACAAAGCGUAUACAAACUGCUAUCUUAAAAGCCUUUAAUAACCCAACUACUAAGACGGCAGAUGAAGAAACUAGAAGAAAAGUCAAAGCAUAUGGAAGAGAGGGUGUGAAGAUGAACUUCAUAGAUAGGAUCUUUGUUGGUGAAUUGACUAGCACUGUCAUGUGUGAGGAAUGUGAAAAUAUUUCAACAGUAAAAGAACCUUUCAUUGAUCUUUCACUUCCUAUAAUAGAGGAGAGGGUUGCAAAACCCAUGCCUUUGGGAAGAACAGGUAAAGGUAAAAGCGUACAGGAGGCAGAUCUUGGUCAGUAUAACUGUUCUUCUAUCAGUACACUGAAUAAUCAACCCAAAAUUGUCAAGAAACACACUUUAACAAAAGAUAAGAACCAAUUGAACCAUGAGAGACGGCUUGCCAGAAAAGCUUCCUUGAAGGAAGAAGAAAGAAGUCCUGUUAUCAUGCAGGAAAAAACCAAAAAGCUUGAGCUGGAAGGUAGCUCUGGCAUCCUGUACUCCAAAGACACAACUGCUGACUCAGCUGUCAAUGGCAGUCAGACAGAGGGCAGUGAGAAGGAAGCCAGCCGCUCUGAAAGCAGCUUUGAUGCCGACAGUGAAGCCUCAGAAAGCGAAAGUGCUUCUAAGCAAACAACUUUGAGCCCAUCCAGCCACACGUCUGGUUUGCACGCCAACCACGUAAAUGUUAAAAUGCCGCACAAAAUGCCAAAUGGCAGUAAUGAAGAGGUGAUUUCCAGUGCCAUAUCCAAACUUGGUUUCUGUGAUCCAAUAAAUGAAGAUAAAAAAUCGAGCCGUGGAGAUCCAGCGUUAGGUUUAUCAAAUAAUUCUGUGUUCUCAGUAGAUAAAUCUUCACUAUCCCAAACCCCUCAAAAUGCUUUCCAGACGCUUUCCCAAAGCUACAUAACUAGCUCAAAGGAAUGUUCUGUUCAGUCCUGCCUUUACCAAUUCACCUCUGUAGAGCUCUUAAUGGGGAACAACAAGCUUUUAUGUGAGAACUGCACGGAAAGGAAACAGAAGUAUCAGAAGAAAACCAACUCCACAGAAAAGAAAAUGGAAGGUGUCUACACAAAUGCUCGGAAACAGCUUCUGAUUUCUUCAGUUCCUGCUAUUCUUAUUCUCCACCUGAAAAGAUUCCACCAGGCUGGUUUGAGUCUACGGAAAGUAAACAGGCAUGUGGAUUUCCCACUGAUUUUAGAUUUAGCACCAUUUUGUGCUGCAUCUUGCAAGAAUGUUACGGAUGGUGCAAGAGUGCUCUAUAGUCUUUAUGGAAUAGUGGAGCACAGCGGGUCAAUGAGAGGUGGUCACUACGCGGCGUACGUGAAAGUCAGGCCAUCCUCCAAGAAAUUACUAGAGCAUAUUUCUACCACUAAAAAUGUUUUGGGUUUAAAAGAAGCCAUGGGAGCAUCAGGAGGACAGUGGGUGUACGUUAGUGAUGCCCACGUUCAGAUGGUUCCAGAAUCGAGAGUACUCAAUGCACAAGCAUAUCUACUUUUUUAUGAAAGAUUAUUACUCUAAUUCUUAACAAUUUAAUUUCAAAGAUGGUAGUGGGUACUUAGUUUAUCUUAUUUAAAGCUGCAGUGGUAAGAGUACCUGUAAAUAUUGUGCCUUUAUCUUGUAGAGAAUUUAUCAUCUGUUGGCUCUGAAGUUUAGUCAAGCUAUUAUAAAUAUCUGAAUGGUUCUCUUAAAGUAAGCACUUUGCCAAACAUUUAAAAUUCCUGAGUUCAUUAAAAUGCAGUACCAUUAGAAUGUAAGAUUAUGUCCUAUCCUACUGAGGUCUAGGGAAAGUUUGUUUUUGAUUAUGAAAAAGAUAAGCUUUCACCCAUAGUUCUGGAACAGCUGAGAAUAGAAACGCUGAUAGUGUUAAGUGCCUGGAUUUGCUGGUGUACAGUAACAAUACAAAGUAUUUCAGCUUUCUGUGAUCUAGUCCAGAUCCUUCCCAUCACUGGGUUGGAUGUCAGCUUGUUAAGUUUUCUGCAAACAAGAACCUGUCAAAUCAUGUCUCUUCCAUGUUUAGUAAUUGGAAAGCAGUGUCCUUCCAGAAUGGAGUAACAACACCUGUCUGGGUAAUACUUCAGGGAACUUUCCUGAUAAGACCUGGGAAUAGAUUGGGAAAACGUGGCUUCUACAAAGUGACAGUGAAUCCUCAGAUACCCAGUACCCUUUCAGCUGUCUCCAACUGGCACUGGUAUAGCAACGUACUCCUGUUUCAAUAUAAAUAUAUACUUGGUGUGCAUACGUAUAUCCUCUGAGAUAUAUACACACACCAAAAUCCAUCACUAUAUAUUCUCAUUCUACCUAGUAGGAAAGUGAUUUGCAAAUACUUCCGUAUUUAGUAAUUUUUCAACUUCAUAAUUAUGACAAUGUACAGCAUAUAAGCUUGUAUAUGUACAGAGUUUAAGCAUAACUCGGUAAAUUCUGUUACUUUUGGUUCCAAACAUGAAUUUGUUUAUCUGUUCCUGAAUACUUUUCUCACAGGAGGAAUAAACUAUAAAUUCUUUUUGCACUGUGUGUGUGAGUUGGACAGUAAAUUAUGAGUUUUGCUCUCUGGACUUCCUUUUGUCAGCUGUGGGGGACAGCAGGUGUCCUAGUGGCAACUGGUUUCUGUAGAGUGUUUUAUUGCCCUGGUUUGAGUUGUUACUUCUUUUGGUAAUUUCUCAUUUCCAUCCCAGUGAGUAAUAGAUGCAUUUUAAGGUAAAGAACUGAUAACUACUGUGAAGUUAUGUGGUAAUUAACUUAUUUAAUAAGCACUUACUUAAAUACAAAUUACUUCUGUAACAUUUCCAUUCUGUCUGACUUGCUCUUUGGUAGAGAAAAAAAUGUUUAUUUCUGCUUACUGUUUUCAUUUAUGGAAAUGUGGGGUUUUUUGUGGGUGGGUUUGGGGUUUUUUUGUGGGGGAAAGAAAAACAAACCCACAAAAAACCCCAUGCCAUCCCUAUUACUAUCUCUACUACGUGUUGCCAUACCUACCUGCCUGACUCUCCUGUUCUCUAGUUCUGUUUCAGAGCUUCAUCCCACCUGCAUUCACUCUUUUGCAUAAGAAAAUGGCACAAUCUGCAAUAGCCGCAUUUGCUCAAACUGCUGAGGUAUAUUUUACAGUCACAUCACUUGCACAUUCCUGUGCAGGCACUAAGGAUUGUUAGGCCCUACAACUGAUUGUCAUAACAGAGUGAGCCCCCAGUUGCACAGGAUUUUAUUUUCCAAAGGAAAACUCCUCUGUUUAGGUCAAAAUUAGGCUAUGCGGUUUGGCUGAAAUGAUAAUUUCUUCCUUCCACAAAUUAAAAUUGUUUCAGUCCACACAAAAGUAAUAAAACUCAGAGAAACCAAGCAGUCAGCUUUAGCCAUCUGUAUUCCUAACCACAUCUUAACCUGCAUCUGCACUAAGUAAGUAAGUAAGUGUGUAAGAAAGAAAGAAAGAAAGAAAAAUAAUGUUUAGAUUAGAGUUGGUUCAAGUACCUUAAUUCUCUUUUAGCUCCUUAUCGUCCCAUACCCUGCAUCUACCUAUACACACCUUCCUACUAGUUGUAUGUAACUGAUUGAAACUUCUAAUUCUGGGUAACAGUCAUAGUAACUAGCAACUAAGUUUCACUUCUGUGAUAUAAUCUUGCUAGGGGAACACAGAUGAGUUUAUUUCCUCCACUUUAAAGCAGACAGACCGAGUAUUCCUCGUUUUUCUGACUUGCGUAAAACUACUGAACCUAAGUAACUGUAUCAAUCUCCUACUUUUUAGCCUAGAUCUACCUCCCUAGACUGCAAAGCUAAGAAACAGAACAAGGUUCUUGACCUGUUACUUCUUAUUUUUAAUGCUAUUUUCAGGAAAUUCUUGGGGUGAUCUUCACUUCUUUUUAACUGGAGUUUACAAACUGUUUGAGCAGCUGAAAUUUUCCCAAGUAGACAUACUGACUAGGAUGCCAUAAAAGAUGCUGGCAGGAUUAUCUCAUUAACAGCCAGGGAACGUUUCCUUGUAUAAAGGUAUUUUAUAGAACAUGGAGAGAAAGUGGCAUGAAAAAAACCCAACACCUUUAUCCAAGAUAGCCAUCACUGUUGCUCCUGAAUGAAGCUUUUUGAGUUGAAAUAUUAGCAGGAACUCUAGUAAUCUCAGAGUCAGGAACAGGUAUGAAAAUAUUAUAGAUGUAAAUAUUCUCUAAAAAUGAGGGCAACAGGUGAAGUUAUGCCUUCAAAAUGAAAAAAAUUACGACUAAUGCAAGAUGUCAUAUAGGAUUUCAGAUGCAAGUCACAGUGUCCUUUAAAACAUAGGUUUGGGAGGGUGUUUGGGUGUGUGUGUAUGUAAAAUUUGGCUCCAAAGCAACUGAUUGUACAUAAAUGUGUAUACUGAAGACUUGUUAAUAGUUCCUUAUCAGGAACUGCAAGGGAAGCUCAUAGCAUUCUGGGAAAACAGGGGUGUACACCCUUUGUGUGCUAGAAUUCUAUAGUCUAGGAACUUGCAGUUUCCUGCAACUGCCAGCUGUGUACAUGCUAUUGAAAAGCUACAUGUUUUCAGAAUUUAAGUGAAGGGCUUGAAAGUUUAAGCCUACUUAAAAUAUCUCAUUUUACCAACCAAAAAUAUUUUUAGGCCUACAGUCUCUACUCUUUACAGAGCUACACCAUACUUAUGUAGCCACUCACCCUGAGAAAGUGCAGUAGCCUGCAUCUUCACGUGGAAUAGCUUCAAAAUGGCUUUCUCUUUGUACUACCGUUCUCACAAGGGCAAUGAUGUUUUCUUCAUCAGCCUCAUCUGUUCUUUUUGUUUUCAGGGUCUCCAUAAGCCUCUGUGUCAAUGUUUUUCCUUUCAUUGAUCCUCAGCCAUUAUAUGGUGGUUCCCAGUCCCAUCUCUUGUUUUCUGUGAACUCACAAAGCUCUUACAGGAAGAGCUACUGUAGCUGAAAUCUGGCCUGUCCCUACUGCCACACUGGCUCUGCCUACAGACUGCAAUACAGGUAAUUGAGAAAAGCUGUGAGACCUGAGCAACUCUCUGCUGACCAGUCACAAGACAGCGCCUUUAAAACAAUGAGGAAGAAUGCAAAUUAAGUAUUUCCUCAUUCCUCAUUAAGUAAACCUCAUUUAUGGGAAGUACUUGAUUUGCAUAUGGACAGUUGGAACCCCCUACAAAAGUUUAUCCAAAACAGAGGCAUCAACAAAGUCUGCUGCAUCAACUAAGGAGUUAGUACAGAUUAUAAAUCCUUUUUCCUCAGAAAGAACUUUGUUAUCUUUGGAUUUAUAUAAUUGAUGCCAAAUGUGGCAAAACGUGAUGGGAAAUUUUAUUAUAGUAACCCACCUACACCAGUACACGUACAGACAUCACAUUUGCAUAAGUCUGUUCUCCUAAGAGAGGGCUACAAAUAGUGGUGAAGGAAAAACAAAACAAACCCUGAACUUUGCUGCCCAAAAUGUACGUGCUGUAAUUGCCUUGGUUUAGAAAAUGAAAUCCACGCAGUCAGCCAAACCUUCCUCCCCUUCCCCAUCUGCACCCUCUGUGUGUAUCAAUGAAGUGCUCUUGCUUACGGAUUUUGAGUGGUAGCAGGUGAGAGUGGUUUAUAAAUUCAUUAAAAGGCUGAAAUGUCUUAGCUUCACCAUUUGCUUCUCUUUGGACUUCUUUUUUAUACCAACACAAACUGAGUCAGAAAGGGACAUGAAAUUAAUGCAUCUACAUUCUCAACCCACUAUAAAAAUCUUAUUUGAACAUACUGGUAACAAACUAAGAUUUGGAAAGGAAUAUUUUCUUGAGGAGAAACUAAGAUGUAUUAAAAUGAGAACAAAGCAUUUGAAUACAACUCUUCUGUUAGGAAAAAUUAACAAAUCCAAUUUUAAUGAAAAUAGCACACCUGAGAAAAGAGCUUUACAGCAGCCUUGAUUAAACAAAGAUCUGAUAUUCCUCAGUUUUCAACAGCUGGACACUCUUUUUCUGUACCCUGUACACAUUUAUGCAUCUCUACAAAGAUUUACAUAUCCAUGUGAAAGAAAUGCCACCGAUUUUCUGUAGAACUAUUUAAUUCUAAUUAUUUUAGAAUGGAUUAUUGUUUCUUCUGUAUCUAUUUACCAUGUCUUAGGCUGUCAUUUUGCCAGCUGUUCUACCUGUUUGUACCUUUCCCGUUGGUGUAUAAACAAACUGCAGAAAUGGUGGGAAACUGAUUAUUCAAAGUGAUUCAUAAUCUAUUUUUUUGUAAAGGGAGAUUAUAAAAUGUAUUUUCAGCUGGAUGUCUGUUAGUGCAAGUCAAAGCACUUCCCUUGCACAAGGUUAUAUAAAAAGUCUAAGUGAAUUUUUAUGUUACUACAUUUGCAAUGCAUUGCAACUACUUCAAGGCUACUUGAUAUACAUUUCACUUAUAUAAAAGUUAUAAAUUGUCUUCAUGGAUAGCAGUAGAAAAACUAACUUUUUAAGUGUCAAGAAUGUUUCUUACAUCUGUGGCAGUUUCCAGUAUUUUUCUAAUGCUGCUUUUAAAAGAAAACAGAAAAGCACUUGUUUUGAGUAGGCUUAUGAGUUCUUAACAAUUGCCUCGUUUCUUUGCUAGCUUAGGGGGUUUUUUGGUUUUCAGCUGUGUAACCUAGGGAUCAUUGCAGUGAACUGUAAUGAAACCACCAUGUCAAUGGCUGCCAUUCCCUAUUUAGCCAUUCCACAAAGCUGAGUUCUGAUUCUGCUGUCAUUUAUGCAUAGGGAUAAUCCCUGAUAUGUUCAUGUGUGGCUGUACUUAUACAAAAGACAAUCCAAUUAAUCAAAAAACCUGUUGCUAAGUCCAAAAUACUUGUGAGCAAUAAAAAGUUUCAUUUUGUUUUCAUUCAUUUCCUUUUUUUCAUAUGUCUGAACCAAUAGUCUGUCUCUUCUCUGCAGGUAUUUAAGUAACAAAUAGUAUUUUUAGAAUUCUACUACAGUACUGAUACAUGAUGCAUUUUAUAUGUAGAUUUCUAAUUCCAAAUAUUACUAAGUAAACAGGGUCUUACAGACUGUAUUUAAAAACCAAAUACAAGUUUGAUCAGUUUUCCAGUCUAUCCGAGGUGCUUUAACAAGUUUCUCAGAGUAAAGCUGCCAUUUGUCAUCUAUUAAUUUUGUCUUUUCUUCUGUUAUAUAGUAUUUGACAAACGUGAAUAAAACAUCCAGCCAUUUGGAAAAUUA